UGUGGCACAUGGAGGGAGGGGAUGAGGAGCCUGGUGGAAGGCACUGAAAUGCUUUUCAGAUGAACCGCUAACAAAGUGGCGAGCAGUGGCCCCCCUGGAGCAGCGAAGACCACAGGCAGUACCAGGAGACGAGAAGACCGGGAAGUGGAGGAGGAGACAGGAGCAUCACAGCAGCUGGAUCCACCACCGAGCAGGGAGCAGAGAACCAGCAGGGGUGACUAUUCCGGACUGAGCAGCCUUCAACGACAGAGAUGGCCGCCUCCGCUCCGCCUCUGCUUUUAAUUUGCAUAUGCCUGGUGGCUGCGCUGAUAGGUGGAGCCUUCUCGGAGGGGGCGUGUCUUCAAGACGGGAAAUACAAGGCCACGCCCGGCCCAGAGGCACACCUGACAGAGUGCGGAAUCUAUGCUGAGAACAGCUGCUGCACCGAGGAACACAUCCAGGACAUCUCUUAUGUUCCCUCUGCCAGCAGUAAGAAUGAACCCUGGGACAAGUGUGGGCCUAUGAGCCCUGAGUGUGAGGGCUUUCUGAAGCGUGUGGCGUGUUUUUACCGCUGCUCCCCUGAUGCUUCCCGCUGGCCCCAUCCUCACCGCCGCUCGUACAUCCAGGCUGUGCCGCUCUGCCACAGCUUCUGUCGUGAUUGGUUUAAUGCCUGCAGGAUGGACAUGACCUGCGCUCGUAACUGGGCCAAAGACCCCAGAGGACAGAACUGUACUGGGACCUGUGUUCAGUAUCAGCAGAUGUACCAGCAUGGCAGAGACCUCUGUGAGAGCCUGUGGGGUGACGCCUUCAUGACGGUGGAGGAUGACCCCCAGGAGGUGAUGGAAGCCGGAGACUCAGGGGCAGAGGGUCGCCCCUGUGGCUGCCUGACCCUCAGUCCCUCAGACAAGGACGUGAUCGCCGCCCUCAGGGCCCAGCAGGACGACCCGGAGGAACUGGAUACCACCAAGACGGGCUUGCCACAGUACCGGGCCCCCUGCAAGGCCAAGCUGCCCGAGCGGGCCAAGAGCGGCAGGAAGGGCAACUCGGUGCUGCGCAAGCGCUCGGUGGAGAUCGAGGACGUGGAGGGGAGUGGGAGCGGACUGUAGAUGGUAGCUGGAUGUGUGUUUAGAGAUGAGUAGUUCCUGAUGCACAAUGUUAAAACUGUGCUGUAAUCGUUUUCUUCUGACUCGACCUAACAAACUUGUUUUCUUCAUCACAUUUUUUUUAUUUUAUUUACUUUAUUUUUAUUUAACCUUUAUUUUACCAGGCAAAACAUUAAGAAUAACUUCUUAUUUACAAUGUCAGCCUGG